AUGGGAUAUGCUAUCAGAGGUCUUUUUAAAUCUGGGCUUUUCCAUUCCGGACCUUCAAAGCAAGCCGAUCCGAGUGCAACAGUGUCUGAAAUUGAAAAUGAAAGCCAGAAACCAGUUUCCAAAAAAGAGCCUGCUAGCUCAAGUACACUCAAUUCGAUUAGGGAAGAAGAACGGUGUGUGUCAGAGUCUUUUGCGGGCACAUGCACCUCGAGGGAGAGCUCAGAGGGUCCUUCGAAAAGCGCAAAAGGCGUGACAUUGCGCGGGCUUAAAAAACGAAUUGCCAGCUUCCCCGAUUUGAAGUUCCGCUCUUCGUCCAGCGUUUCAAGCGCAGGAACUGAUCAACAGGAACCUAACCCUUUGUCAAAUGAAAACCUGGAGCGGCCACAAAUGAUGUCGAAAAAUUCGAACAUCAGCAUAGCUCAGUCUCCUCACGCAAGCACCCGGUCCUUGGAGAAGUCUCCUAUUAUCAAUGUCACGUACGACAGUUUCACGAGCCCCGAGCUGGGAUCACCAAGAAAGCAGCGAGAAAGCUACUUCAGUGAGCGUCGACAUUCAGGAAGUCUCACAAAGAUAAACACAGCGUCUUCCGCUACGUCAUCGUUGCGCGGAGGGAUGCAGACAAGAGUAAGGAAAAUGAUGAUGCGAUCCAACUCGGACGACUGCCAUUCAACUCUUUUUGCGAGUCAAAAUAGCUCGAGUUCAAGAGUCAAUGACGUCCAGGAGGCGGAAACGGCGGUGAGAGGACCUUCUUUUUCUCGUCAACGCAGCCGUACUGUUGGGGCCUCUGAUUACGAAGAUAAAGGUGUUCCUUUGAGAGUGAGCCUUGGAAAACAGAGAAUCAGGUCCAAUAGUGCGUCGAAAGAUAAUAUAGUCACAGACGUAACGACAAGAAGUUCAAAGACCUACUUGGCACCUCCGGUGGCGUCUAGUAACUUGAAACAGCAGAAUGGUCUUAAGCAGUCGUUUUCGAGCUCAAGGAGAGGAAGUCUUUUGGUGACAGCGUUGAGCAGUUUUGUGACACUGAGGUCGGCAAGCAUGUCAAGUAAAUGCUCGUCACAAAAGGUACACAAGACUCUCGAGAAUUAUCCAAAACCACCAGAGCCGGCGGACGGUGAUUCUGAAGAAAAGUAUCUUGAAACGAUUUCUUUUUACGACAAAUUCAUUGGUGCCAUACUCGCAGCAGAGGACGACGAUUUCAAAAGGUCCUGUCUGCAUAAAUUUAUGAAAACCGAGUUUGAUUUUAGCAUGGAGCCGCUCGACAUUUCUCUUCGAAAACUAGUGAUGUUUCUAGAGCUUCCAAAGGAAAGUCAGCAAAUCGAUAGAUUUCUUGAUGAGUUCAGUAAAGUCUACUACGAACAGAAUCAGGAUAGCUGUUACUGGAAAAGUGCGGAAGAAGUGUUUUUCCUUACCUUCUCAUUACUUAUGUUGCAUACAGACGCUUUCAAUCCUAACAAUAAAAUUAAAAUGACGAAGCAGGACUUUGUCAAACUAAUGAGGGAUGAUUCGACAUCAGGCCGAUCCCUCGUACCGAAAGAAAUUCUCGAGUAUUACUUUGACAAUAUAACCGCGAGAGAAUUUUCACAGUGCAACACUACUUGCCUUUCAGAAUCGAAGAAUCUGUCUCCCGAUGGUUCGAACAGCCAAGACCAUGCGGAAGUUAUUUACUCACCAAAAAAAAUCAUUCACGAUGGUAGCCUUCGAAAGGAUGAAAUAACGAGCUCUUCAAUUGCCAAUUCUGACAAUGUUUUGACACCGCUGAUGCAUUCUAGGCCCAAUAGCGUAUCAACAGUGAAUACGUCAACCACGAGAGGGGACGCCAUUGAUGUUUAUCAUCACAUCAUUAGUAACAGUCUGUCUUCUGUUAGGCUUGAAAGUCCAACGGGAGAUCACUCAAGUGAGGAUGGAGAACCUGUCGAGGAAAAAACGCGAAACUUACAGCAUUCGAAGUACAUUUCCAUUAUACAAGAGCUUAAAGGCGGAUACUUACGUCUUCUAAAAUUUUCGGUCGAAAACGUUUUGGGUCCAAACAUUAUAAACGUAGCUCCCAGCGAUAAGGAAGACAAUUUCAGGCAUCUCAAAAUUGUCCAGAUGGGAUAUAUCGAGGAAGUGCUGAUCAAUCGUAAAUUCUCAAUUGUGGGCAACGUCAACAGACUCGUAUGCAAGCGUUUUUUCGGCAUUCUAACAUCCUCGUGUUUUCUUCUAUUCAACGAUGCAGACUGGAUAGAGCCCAAGCUAGUGAUUGAUCAAACAACAAACAUCUCCAACUACAUCAUCGACUGGCCCGGAACCGUCCAGGCUGUUCAUAAUUAUCAAUGCGCGAAUCUAUUCGCAGCCGAGAAGAAUGAGCCAGAUAAAAACUCCAAAGCCGAAAGCAAGUUUGAUGAGUCUAGUGGUAAUGGCUACAUCAUGAAUCUUCACAGUAGCAACAAAAAAAUGAUGUUUGCAUGUCCUAGCCAGCAAGACCGCUACAACUGGAUUGAUGCGAUCAACAGCGCUGCAGCUCUUGACGGCUGCUCCAUACCGUUAGGGACCAUUCCCGACACGAUGACGACCGUACGAAAGCUCAGUACGGCUGAGAAGCUGGAGAAGUUUCGAAACAAUCGCUUGGCUCGCGAAAAAAAAUUCAAAGAUGUGAAGGCCCUGAUUCAUCUUGUAAGCCACACGGUGCCGGUAAACCCUAGAAUAAGGUCUCACAUGUCGGAAUACCUGACGCAGCUGGAAAAACGUUUUGGCUGGCUGAAGUAUGAAGCACUCAGAAGCGACGUGCUUUCGGAGAUUUUGCAGCUAGCUGAGGCCCAUACAAAGGAAGGCACUACAGAGAGCAACCACAACGACUCAGUGGACUCUACGUUCAUUUUCAGCGAGUCAUUAGAGCCCUGCGACAGCUCCGUCGGUUCCGCUCUAGAUACCACUUUCGAAGCUGAGAAAUUUUGGCCAAAUUGA